CCUUCGCUUUGGUAGGCCCACGCGUACUGGCCCAAGCGUUUUUCAAAGGCAGUCCGCCACAGAAGUCAACUUCUGUGCCACCGCGUGUGGAAGAAUGUCAAUACAGUUGAGGCCAAUCGGGGCUAUAAGCCACUGUGGCCUGUGUCCAACAACAAGCGGGUGUCUUGUGGCUACACGUGAUCCUAGCGAACACGUUCCAUGGCCCUGCACGAACCACCCUAUAUCUGCCACCUUACUCUUCUCGUGUCCCUUUCCCAACCGUCAUGACCUCUCCUCUUUCUCGCAAGCACUCCACUUUACAGGCCCCGUCUAGUAGCGGGCCGUCUCCGACUAUCGCUCAUCAUGAUGAGGGUCCCGCCAUCGAAGUCGCGCCCUCUCCAUCGGACCCGAGCAACUGCCGUCAUGAGCGUGUGCAGAAGACAAUCGACGAUCUACCCGACGAGCUUCUCGGCAAGGCCUUCGAAGAGAUUCACGAUGACGCUGUCAAGAACGAUGUCGAUCUCCCCCGACCAUACCACCUGCUCAACGUCAUGCAAGUGUGUCGCAGAUGGCGCGAAGUUGUGCAGUCUCAUGCUUACCUUUGGAGCGUCAUCAACAAAUUGCCGACCAACAAGGAAUUUACAAACUUUAUUCUUGACUGUGCGCAACAGCACACGCUGUCGGUGGUCGCAGACGUUCGGCCGACCACUGUCGAGUCAUGGCAUCUGGUGCUUGAAAAAUCUCCACAGAUCGCUUCAUUACAACUUCGAGCUGGUCGGGACGACAUCGAAAAAGCCAUUAACGCGCUUGUCGAUGCGGGAGCGGGUUGUCACAUGAAGUCUCUGGGUCUGGAAAACUCUCAACAAAUCAAAUACGCUGAUACCGACGGCUCAAUUGCAAGACUAUUUAUACAGGCCGCUCACCUGAGGUCCCUUCGAGUGCAGAAUCUUUCUCUGCCUUGGCAAAACAUCGCCCCCCUAUUGUCCCUACAACACCUGACUUUCGAGUACAUGCUGGGACCGCGCGUGCCACCGAGCAUGAGUCAGGUUGUGCAUGUUCUGAGAGGAUUACCUCAUCUGGAGACAUUCGCCCUCGUCAAGGUGCACCCUCUGUGGAGCGAACAAGCACAACUGGGUCCCGAAAUACUCACGCUACAUAACUUGCGCUCCCUUCGUAUCAUUGACUCUCUGUCGAAGCUCUUGCGAAUCUUUCUCCAUUCCCACCUUCCUGCUCUCCGCGAACUCACGCUGCGGGCUUCGUUUUCGAGUCGUCAUGACGAAGCCGAUGCCUUCGCGCUAAGCUUGGCCUCCGCAACCGCUUCAAUGCCCGAUUCCCAUUGUCUUCAUGUGUUCAUCAUCGAUAGCCCAGAAACUUUUCGAUUGGAGAUCUUGAGUCAUGCGGAAGUGGUCGUUGGAGCGGCCAUUCAAAAUCCCGAUUACGACUCGGCGAAGGUAGAUGUGGACAUCGGCCUCGAGAAACGGCGUCGCUAUGACUAUGCAUAUGUACGGUGGAUGGAGUCUCUGUGCACCAUACGCAAGUUCACCAAUGCACAUGAACUAGUCCUCGAAGUGCGGCGCUGGCAGAUUAUCGGAACUAGCCCUAAUCUAUACCCUAGCAUCGACGAGAAUCUCUGGUCUAAUAUUCUGGCUCAGUUCAACAAGCUUCAAAUCCUACGAGUGUGCAGAUUCGCACAGUACUUGGAGUUCUCAUCCAUCCUACACGUGCUCUCUUCUGUCCAUCCUGCGAAGGAUGCGAAGAACUCUUCCGGCUGCUUUCUUCCUGAACUUCGUGCGCUUGACAUGAGGGGUGUCGAUUUCUCCUUAGAUGGAUAUCGAGACCUUCUAUUGGAAUGUCUAGAGCAGCGCCAUCUCGUGGCGCCUGUGCAAGAGCUCAUUCUCUCGUGGUGCACAGGCGUAUCGCGAGAGUUCCAGGAUCAGCUCAAGGACUACGUGGGCAUUGUUCGCGUGGAAGAGAAUCCAGGAACGAAUACGGACGCAGGAGGCUGUCAUACACUGGACGGAGCCCAAUUCGAGGAUAUUGAGUAAAUCUCGUCACCUGUCUGUUGAAAACACGAUAUGUAACGCGUCUAUGAGUUCAUCGAGGAAGGUUUUACGGUGUGGGUGGAAUGUGUACAAUCCCUUCUCACGUAUGGACCCAUGAAGAAUGAAGCAAAAAAAAAUGUAUAUACGACGG